AUGGGGACUUUCCAAAAUGUAUUGACAGAUUGUAGAUUGAUGGAUAUGGGUUAUAUUGGCCCAAAAUUUACUUGGUGCAAUGGGAGACAGGGAAGUGAAUUCACGAAGGAGAGGUUGGAUAGGGCUGUAUCAAAUGGGGAAUGGGGUGCGUUAUUUAAUGUGGCGGAGGUGGAAGUGUUAACCCGUAUCAUCUCAGAUCAUCAUCCGCUUCAAGUGAGAUGUUCCAAUUCUAGGGAACGAGUCUGGGAGAAGAGUAAACAAUUCAAAUAUGAGGCUGCAUGGGCGCGCAAUAAGGAGCAGGGGGUGUUAAUAAAACGGGUGUGGAGGGCUAAAAAGAUCUCUGAAGAUCCGUGGCAGACUUUUCAGAACAAUCUAUUCGGUAGCCGUAGAAUUCUAAAGCAAUGGGUGCGGAAGCAAAAAUCAACUGUGGAGCAGGGGAUCCAGGAGAAGGUGCAGGCGCUAAAUACCAUUCAGAUGGCUGAUAAUGAAGAUUUUCAAGAGGAGGAACAUCUGAUUAACGAAGAGUUGCAUAUGCUGCUAGAGCAAGAGGACCUAAAGUGGAGACAGCGGGCGAAAGAAUCUUGGCUCCAAUUGGGUGACCGUAACACAAAAUAUUUCCACGCCUGUGCAUCACAAAAAUAG